AUGUCUUUCAAGUUUGGCGUGUCCCUUUUGACACUCACCGCCGCUGCCGCUGCAAUCCAAGUGACCAGUCCAGUCAGCGGUGCAACCUGGAAUCUAUCCAAGAGCCACACCAUCACAUGGACUUCUACCAACACUGAUCCAUUGACCUUCGCCAUCGAAUUGGCGAAUCUGGGCGUUUAUCCUCCGUUUAUUAUGAAGGUUGCAAGGGGUGUCAAGACAAGCAGUGGUUCAUAUCGCACAGAACCAAUCGAGAAGAUUCCGGAAGGAGAUACAUAUCAAUUCAACUUUCUAUCCGACGAUCCCAGCAAACCGGGGAUCCUCGCCCAGUCGCAGCAAUUUUCUGCUUCUUCAGCUGGUGUCCCCACAAACUCAUCGUCGGGCGCUACCAGUACCUCUAUUAACCCCGGAUCCAAAUUCAGUACAUACAUCACUUCAGCCAUCCUUUCCAACUCAACUUCAAAAGCUGAGGCUGAUAUUUUUGCUACAGCCUCGACUACCAGUUCUGGAUCUCGUGCUGCUUCCCGCACUCCUAAGGUUUCCACAACAUCCACUAGUACCCGCCGUCCCCUUACGACUACAGCGGAUAUGACCUCUUCAGCCCCUGAACAACGCGCCACCAAUGCAGCCCCUGCCCUUCAAGUGUAUAGCGGCGCUAAUGGGUUGAUCCUCUUCGCUCUCGCUCUAAUCGUCUAA